UUAAAAUAACGUCACAGCUUCGUGAUUCAGGAGAAUGUGCCUCCCACUAGUUGCUUUGUGAGUGCUGGGGAGCACAAGGGGAAUAGGAACAACUCCAAAACUUUUUAUUUGUGGCUAAAUAAGAAGCAUAACCCUGUGGCUGGGGACUGAAACUACCAAUGAGUGUGUUUGGAUCUUGGUUUUUGCCUUGCUGGUGACUCGCUUUCUACUCUCUCAUGCAGUUUCAAACCUUGGCAUGGAUUUUCCUCCAUCAGUAAAACGGUAAUAGAGAACCCUCUGGGUGAUUUUAGAUUGUGAAGCGAUCGAUCUGGGGACCUUUACGUGUUACAAAGUGCUGGGGCAGACAGAAGUGCAGGAUGUGGUGUCACUGGGACCUGGUGAGAGCUGUGGGUUGUGUGUUUCUCAAACUGAAAAGCAGUUGGUGGCUGGGGAACCAACGGAAGAAAUGUCUUAUCUUAAAAACCUGCAGGGCAGAUCCCACCCUCCUCCCCUGGCAUGGGGCCAGGGGCUCCGAGCUGGGCCACAACCUCAUCCAGGACAUACAGGAAUUAAACUGGGAGGGGGGGGGAGGCUCCACAAGGAGUUUUAAAUCCUGCAGGUGGGAUUUGCAGGGAGGAGGUGGAUGACAGCCACCUCAGCACACGUUUGCCAGGCAGGUGCCCACACUCCGGAGUCAGGAGCUUUGCCAAAAUACUGGAAAACUGCUGGUGGUGAGGGUGGAGUGGUGCAAAAUUCGUGUCCUGGAGAUGCUGUCUGUGCUGGGGGAAAGCUGUGUACCUGUGUACCACCUUCCUCCAACAGAGAUGGUGCCAUGGAGUAAAUGCUGAGCUCAUCCAUUUCUUGGCUCUCCAGGGGCAAACAUGGAGCAGGAGAGAGGAGAGGGAGUCUGGCAGCACCGUGAGCCCCACACAGCAACUGCUUACACGGAUGUUACGCUCAGAGUCCACAUGAAUCCUGUCUCUAUUCCAAGGAAAAGAGGCUUCCCAAACCGGAGGGAGAAUUCCCCUGACAUCAGUGACCUGCUGAGGCAACUUCCAAGCGUGGAAUGGAGCUGGUGAGGAGGGAAGACCCCCAGCUCCGGGAGGUCGUGUGGUUCGCCGGGCGCUGUCGAGCCCUGACACUGCUGCUGCAGGCUGUCUUUAACCUGCUGAUCCCGGAUCACGCCGCAGACGCCUUCUCUCCCCCUCGGCUGUCGGAGCCCAGCCCGUGGGAUGUGCUGGUGGAGUGGCUGCUGGGCGGGCUGUCCCACUGGGACGCAGAGCACUUCCUCUUCAUCGCGGAGCACGGAUACCUGUACGAGCACAACUGCGCCUUCCUCCCGCUGUACCCCCUGAGCCUGUGGGCCGUGGCCAGGGGGGCCCUGUGGCCCCUGCAGCGGCUGCUGCGGCUGCGGAGCCGCCUCCUGCUCUCGGCUGUGCUGCUGAAUUCCCUGUUUUCCGCCCUGGCAGCCGCUGCCCUGUACGAGCUGGGCCGUGUGGUGCUGCGGCGGCGCCGCGUGGCUUUCCUCGCUGCCCUCCUCUUCUCUCUCAGCCCUGCCAACGUGUUCAUGGCAGCUGCUUACUCGGAGAGCAUGUUUGCCUUCCUGGCGUUCGGUGCCAUGUGGCAGCUGGAGAAGGGGCAGAGCUGGCUCAGUGGGCUGCUCUUCUCCCUGGCUUCUGGGGCGCGUGCCAACGGGCUGAUUAACGCUGGCUUCUUCCUCUACUCCCAGGGUAAACGCUUUGCCCUCCAGCUGCAGGUGGGAUCAGGAUCCCUAAGGAAGCUCCCUCUGUUGUGGAAGCAGGUCCUUAGCCUGGCAUCUUCAGCGGUCCUGAUGAGUGCUGGGAUUUUUCUACCUUUUGCUUUGUUUCAGUACUAUGCCUACCUGAGGUUCUGUGGUCCUGGCACUGGCCUGGAUCAGACCAUUCCCGAGCCACUGCUGCAGCUGGCUCGGGACAAGGGCUAUCAUCCGGCAGCCAUGGAUGGGUCUAAACCCCCUUGGUGCUCCCAGAGGGUCCCUGUGGUCUAUUCCUACAUCCAAGACACUUACUGGAAUGUGGGCUUUCUAAGAUACUUUGAGCUCAGACAGAUCCCAAAUUUCUUGCUGGCUUUGCCUGUGACCCUUCUGGUCUCGUGGGCUGCCUGGACCUACAUCAGCACAAACCCCUGGCACUGCCUGACUCUUGGUCUGGGGCGAAGUAAGAGUGAAGAGGAGGGAAAGCCAAGAGAUGGAUUUUGCUGCCCUGCUGCCUUUGUGUACGUGGUCCAUGCCACGGCCCUGCUGGCCUUUGGAUUCUUCUGCAUGCACGUGCAGGUGCUGACCCGGUUCCUUGGCUCCUCCUCUCCCAUCCUGUACUGGUUCUCCGCUCACCUGCUUCAGGAACAUGAACCUUUACUCUGGAGUGCAGGGACUGAUAAUCCACCCCCUGGGAGGUCUGUCCUAGGUAAAUCUCCCGGUUCCUGUGGGAAAGGGACUCCUGACAACCCUGUUGUGAGGCUGCUGCUGAACUGGCGAUUAAUUACCCCCCUCAGCAAGGGCAUCCUGGGAUUCUUCCUGUGCUACUGGCUGCUGGGACUGCUCCUGCACUGCAACUUCCUCCCGUGGACAUAGCAGGAUGUGCUGGCACAGACUGGGAGCGGUCAGAAUUGAAACUCACUUUUUCUGGUAGCCUGACGUAGCUGUGAUGCUGUUGCAGUUACAAAGGUGUUACUCCUCCGUUACUACGUGUGUACGGAGCUGCUGUGUCCCAAGUGGGAUGUUCUCCAUGGUGUGAUGGUGCAGUGUCCUGCUCUGCUGUCAUUACUGACAGCCAAAAUUCCCAUUCCCGGGGACAGGAAUGCACCUCGGUUCCUGCAUCUCCCGGGGGAGAUGUAUGGCAGGCAGUGAUUUAUGGUGGGACCAGUGUGAUGGAUUUGGGAACCCCCUGGGAUGUUGGUGGUGGGCACAGCUGGAGGACAGGGAGGAUCCAGCUGCCGUGAGCAGCUCAGACCGCGCUGGUUCCUUCUCCACAGCUCCAAGCCGGGCUGGGCUGGGCUGGGGGUGCCGUGGGGCAGGGCA